ACUGGGAGCUUGGCUCAACCUUAUGCCUUCCUAUAGACGUCCCCUCCAGUUACCGUCUCCUACUAAAAGAAUUACUAUGUUCCCAUUCGUCCUAUCAUGCAAUUUAUUCUUCUUCCUUCUCCUAAUCUUUUUCCUUUUCCUUUUCUAUUUGUUUUUCUCUGCACUACCUCUCCCUUGAUUUCUCUGCACAUAUUUUUCGUCUCCGUUUAAGAACCAUUCCGACCACUUGCCUGCUGGCACGGCACUUGAGGAACCCAUCUGCACUACAUUCCUCGAAAGAAAAAACAAACAAACAACACUUCCUACAAAUAUAACCAACACCAAACCGCCCGUCGGGCUAACCAGAGCUACCGCAGUUUAGUGGGUAGACCUACUGCAUCGGAAUCCACCAAAAACCUGGAACCGUUCGGCAAGACCUAGAAGCGAGCGCGAAGAAAUCAAUCGGUUUACACUAGCUUGUAAAAAGAUAUUGGAUACUGAAGGAUCAUAUGUCUGGUUAUUUCAAGAAUGAAUUACCAUUCUAUGCUCAAACUGACGCAUAUACUACUAAUCCACCAAAUAUAUGCCUUGGAGACUCACCGAUCUGUGACUCCACACAACACUACGGAUGACAACUUAUUGAUUAAGGUUUCUAUGAAAUUGUCAGCUGUUGAAUCUAAUUCAACACCGCACCAUGUUUCUACAGCAGUCUCUGCAUCUCCAAAAUUAGCUCCAUUAGUUACUUCUCCCAAAAUCCCAACACAGUCUACUCAAAACUCUAUUCCAUCUUCAUUGAAAACCAUAAAGAGUGAAUAUAAGACGACUAAAGCGUAUGAAUUAUUGGAACAAGACUUAGAACUAAAUAAACCGAAACAAGCGGAACCAAUUGAAAGUCCUAUUAAUUCAGGAAACUCACUAAAAGCACCAAUUAUCCCUGAUUCAGAAAAUAGCUCGCCAAGGAAGCACCAUGCAAGUCAGACGUUCAGUGGAAAUGGUCUUCGAGAACCUCACCUUCAAAUGUCUGCUGAUUUAGCGCAACCAUUUGAGUCUGGCAAUCUAGUUGGAGACAAUGCUUAUCUUCCCCAUGUAUCUAUGAUUCAUGUCCUUGUUAUCUGCUGUAUUGUAGCUGUACUUGUUGUCUGCGUUUGGAAACCUCUAUGCCAUAUGCUGUACGGUGUGUACAGUGGCUAUUAUGCACGUAAUCUAAUUGGCAACACUGGCAGUGGUGGUGGUUAUACUAGUAACAAGGUGGCGUACCAUCGUCUAUCUACAGAGAGUGUUUAAUCUCAUUAUUAUGCGUCGUUGUCGUCACAUAUCCUAUAUAUUUAUAAUCUCGAGUUUUCGGUAUCAUUUCUUUGUUUUUUUGGUUUAUUUGAAGAGGUGAUUUAGUUUUCCUUGUUCUUACUUCACUAUUUUAUUCACCUAAAUGAAAGAUAGAUAUUGUUUUCUUUUUGAGCUGCUAGUGAUAAUCAUGUAGAUAUAUUUAUGUUUAGCUUGGUUUGUGCUUUUACAUUCGUUAAGUUUUGUAUGUAUACGUGUAUGUACGCAUAAGUAGGAGGUGGUGACUUUGUACACACUUUUUCUAUUUCCAAAUUAUUUGGUUUUUGUACAUCUCUUGGUAUACAUGAAGAACAAAACUCUUAAAAAGCUUUAAGGUCAAUUUUAAAACCUUCUUUAAGUCGUUUG